CGUCUCCCUAUUUAAAGACCCAUAACGCUCUUGCUCUCUUGGCCGCUCUCGUCUUCCCCCGUUUCCACAUUAGCCAAACACGAGUUCAUGAGGACGACGAUCGACUUGGGUAGCCAUCGAGGCACCGGCCUCUACAUCAUCGAUACCGCCACCGACGUCGAUUGCACCAAGGAUGUCCGCCUCGGCCGCCGCUUCUUCCGCAGCCUCAUCGAGCGCGUCGUCCCCUGCUGCGCCGGCCUCCCCAUCUCCAACACUUCGUCCGACGACUCCGAAUCCGACAACAACUCCACUACCAAUAAUAUAAUCACUUCCGCUCCCGCCGCAGCCGCCGCCACUACCACCGUCACCGGCACUUUCUUCGGCCACCGCCGCGGCCGCCUCCGGUUCUGCGUCCACGACCACCCCGCCGCCGCCGCCGCCUCCUCGCCGCUGCUGCUGAUGGAGUUCACGGUGCCCACGGCGUACCUCGCGCGGGAGAUGCAGCACGGCCUGCUGCGCGUCGCCCUGGAGAGCGGCGGCGGCGGCCGCCGCGGGCCGCUGCUCGGCGCGCCGGUGUGGACGAUGUACUGCAACGGGCGGAAGGUGGGGUUCGCGAUCCGGAGGCGGGCGACAGAGUCCGACGCGGAGGUGUUCAGGAUGAUGCGCUCGGUCUCGGCCGGCACCGGGGUUCUGCCUUCCCCCGCCGCCGCCGCCGCCACCGGCGAGGCAGGGGAGCUGCUCUACCUGAGGGCCAGCUUCGAGCGAGUCAUCGGCUCAACAGACUCGGAGUCGUUCCACAUGAUCGACCCGGCGGGGGAAAGCGGAGCACAGCAGCUCAGCAUCUUUCUCUUCAGAACUCGAUUUCAAUAGAAAUUCGAUCAUAUAAAUAAUCAAGUUAAUUUCCGUAAAUAAACUCGUAACGUCUUCUUCGAAUUAUACAUAAUCUGUCAUCGUCGAUCGACGUACGGGCGGGGCGGGAAGGCAAACGGAUACAUAUUAUUUAUUUGCAACUUUAUUUUGUUGAUUUUGG